AUGCCUAUUUUUGGAGAAACCCCUUCACCCUAUGAUGAAUCCGUAGAGAAAGUUACAGCCGAAACUUGUACAAGUGAAAAUUGGACACUCAUUCUUGAUAUAUGCGACCGAGUAGUUGCAGAUCAGAAUAAAGGAGCCAAACUUUGCCUGCUCUCUGUCAAAAAAAGGUUGAAUCAUCGAGAUCCUCAUGUAGUUCUUCUGGCACUAUCCCUCUUGGAUUCUCUAUGGAAUAAUUGUGGAGUUACAUUCCGACGUGAGGUCUCAUCUCGCGAAUUCUCGCAAGAACUCAAUUUUAAAGCUACUCAUAGUAAUCGUUCAAUCGCGGAAAAAACCCGGUUAAUGAUCAAAAAAUGGUCGGAAAAUGAGUGCAAGAAGGAUGCAUCUUUGGGUUUGAUUGAAUCUCUGUAUAAAAGUCUUGUAAUGGAAGGAUACUCAUUCGAAGCUGAAAAUUUACCCAAGUCUUCUGUAUGUCAUUCAGCUGCACAUUUCAUCAAAUUAAGAUCUUAUGAGCAAAAGUCUCAGGAUUCGAAUAGCGAUCCGAGUGCUGCGAAAAGUGUUGAAGAGGAGGAAGAAGCAGUAAUGAUGGCUAUAGCGAAAUCACUACAAGAGGCGUCAAUAGAUUCAAAUGGUAUUCAUUCCCUAACAACAUCUACUACUCCACACAUUUCAGCACCAAAAUCAGAGCGUGAAGUACGAGCACUAUAUGAUUUUGAAGCUGCAGAAGAUAACGAAUUAUCAUUUUCAGCAGGUGACACCAUUAUUGUUACAGAUGAUAGUGAUUUAAAUUGGUGGAGAGGAAGAUCUCGUCUCGGCGAAGGUUUAUUUCCAGCAAGUUUUGUCACAUCUGAUUCAGCUUUUCCUGAAGUCGUCUCACAUGAGGAAGAAACUGUCCAUCAAGCGAUCCCUGUUGCGAGAAUCGAUAAGUCGCUGUUAGAAAAGUGUCUUCGUGUGCUUGAAGAUUGUGAUCCGACUGGAGAAAGACCAGACCCACCUGAGCUUGCAGAUUUGGAACAACGCAGUUUAGCCCAAGCCCCUCUAAUAGAUGCAAGAUUGGCAGAAAUCGACCGGCAACACAAUGCUUUGGCACAAGUGGACAUUGCAAUAAGAGAUGUAUUAGCUAUGUAUGACCAAGCUGUCCAACAAGCUCACAGCCAGGUUUUUUAUUAA